AUAUUGUAUGCACCGCAUUUAUAAGUAACGGACGUUAGUGGUGAUUGCUUUCUGACAUAAAUAUAACUUUAAAACAAACGUUUAAGUGAGUGUAAAUUUGGAAAAUUUAAAGGGGUAAAAUGUUAUCUAGAACAAAUCAUGCGACAACAAGAUUGCUUCAUUACAAACCUCGUUUUUCAAACCUUGCUGAUCUUAGAAGACCUUUCUUCAAAUUCUGUGUAAACAUGCAGGAUACAAGACCUCCAGGACACAGCCAGAGACGUAUUGACCACUUAAAGUUGAUGAACUAUUCCAUGACUGUGGAUGAGAAGAAGGUGGAGGCAUUGGUUCAUACAUCUGGUCUACAGUACAGUGAUUUUGAUUCUAAAAAUGGACAACCAAAACCCUGGCAGUUGACGAAAAUGUUGGAGUCUGCUCGAUUCUUCUCCCAUCAUUGGCCUCUGGACGACAGUGGACGAACGUUCAGAGAUUAUGCAGAGGUAACGUCAGAUCGCAUGACAUUUCUUAUUACAUCCAGGAUGGAUAUUGAAUAUAACCUUUAUGACCCCAGUAUUCCAAAAUCUCCACUUGACAUUAAAGUUCAGGGCGGAUAUGUUGGAACAUCGUCACUGAAUUCCAAAACAACGGUUCUGACAAAGUGCGGCCAGCCGUUGCUAAGCAACAUAAACCAUGUAGUCAGUAUAGACGGAGCGACUCGGCGACCGAAAGUGUUACCCGACUGGUGGCGAGAGAAGUACGCUAAAUCUGGAGCAAAAUUCACGUCUCUGAAAUUCGAAAAGUAUACAAAACCAGAUUCAGUUGAACCGUUUAUUAUUCACGUUGUUCGCAGUGACCUUGACGGUAACAAUCAUACAAACUGGACUUGUUACGUGAGAUUUGCGCUUGAUGGCAUAUAUCAUAAUGCAAAACAUGGAAAAUUGGAUAAGUUUAAAGAUAUAGACAGGCGUGGUCUACAAAGCAUGGAACUGUUGUUUUCAGGAGAAAGUUUUGAUGAAGACAAAUUGGAAGUAUAUGUAUGGCAAGAGGAUGGUGAUGAAUAUAAAGUUCGUGUUCAUAUAGAAAAAGAAAAGAAUUUCAUUUUUCAGGGAACUUUCAGCUUUUUUGAACAGACAUUAUACUGAUCAAAUACUAUAGUCUGUUACAGUUAUCAGUCCAGCUACAUUCCUUUAGGUGUAGAAGAACAUCAAGAAAGCAAUAUAUGCGUCACUGAAUUUUUAAAAAUCUAUGCUUUUUCAGAGAAUAAUAUAUCUCAAACAGUGAUCCGUCCUUGAAAAUGGUCAUUGGAGUUCAGAUGCAAAUACAUUUUAUAACGAGGGGGCAGCCUGAGUUAUAUAAUACACAUCUGAGUGACAGAAGUAUUUUAUUCAAGAGAAAAUCACCUUUAGAGAUCUAUUAUUUUGAUUCUAACACAAUGUCAAGGGUUAUUUUAAUAAAGCACAUCUUUGACAACAUCCACCAAAUAUCUGCAUGUUUUAUGUGGGUUUUUUUCAGGUUUCUGCUAUUAAGGACCAGUAAUGUAAUGACUGUAACGUACAAUCAAUAAUUUUGUUGCAAUAUAACACAUUAUUUAUGCCUUCAGCUUUGGUUAUAGGAAAUCAAAUGGGACUGUGUUAGAAUAUGUUUAAAUUUAUCAGCUAUUAAACAGAUUUUGAUUCAUG